UUCAACUGGGCCAUUUCUCUAAUCUUAGAUGCGGAUGCGGUCGAUUCUUGGAGGAACACGACAUCGAAGUGAUUCAGGAGGUCCAAAUGAAUUCAACGAUUCCACUUGGCCCAGCUGAGCCGGAACGAUGGCAAGUGAAGACCCACACUCGGGCAGUACCCACGACGGCUUUCGGAACCGUCGAAUUUCAAGGUGGUCCACAUCCUACCAAAGCGAGAAAGGUGGGAUUAUAUCCCCAAUCAUUAUGCUCGAUUCACGGUUAUGAAGAACUUGGACUCAAAGACUUUGAGCUUCAGAUGGUACAAUCUCCCAACGUAGAGAAAGGUGGAGUCUGGCGUCUUUAUUGCAUUGUAAGGAUAUCACCGAAAUCUCAACCAUUUCUAUGCCUUUUAUUGCAGUAUGUACGAAUAAACUACGAGACACCCCCUGAGACAGUCGUGGAGCUACUUCUUCGUGAAUGGCGUCUUCGUGUUCCCUCCCUGGUGAUUUCAGUGCUCGGUGGACUUGCCAACGCUCCUCUCCAGGCCAAACUCGCCUCUGUCGUUAAGCGCGGAAUUCUUCGAGCUGCCAAGACUACAGGUGCCUGGGUUAUCACAAAUGGUCUUGAUGCAGGUGUGACCCGACACGUUGGAGAGGCUUUGGGCGAAGAGGUCCACGUAAGAGGAUCGAAGAUCGUUGCGUUGGGCAUUGCUCCAUGGGGAGUGGUGCAACAGAGGAAUAUGCUCACUGGCGCUGAUCGUGUUUGUCAAUACCACGCUCAAGGUACCCUGGCGGGUCGUCAGGAGACCGCAUUGAAUCCGCAUCAUAAUUACUUCCUCCUUGCCGACAAUGGAACUUCUGGAAAAUUCUCUACUGCCGAAAUCUGCCUUCGACGUCGUCUUGAGCAGUAUCUUGCUCAACAACCCAUCGGUCUUAGUAGACUUGGUAAGUUCUUGCUGCUAAGUGAGCGAUGA